UUGGGGAAAAAUCCCUAAACAAGGCACACCUGUCACCUCCUUCGGUCCUGCCUGACUGAAACUGCCAGAACGACGCCGUCACCUAUUUAGACCUCUGAAUUGUUCUUCGGCGUUUACUCAAAGGUCCGGCAGUAAGAAGUUCGGUGGAUCAACGUUGGCGAUGGAAGGCGGCAGCGGUGAACGCGGAGAAUCAGUCACGGAGCAGCCGGAGCUCGACGGAUCGUCCACUGGUUUGGAAUUGCCGGAUGAGCGCGCUGCAACGGAGCUGAAUCGGAGGGAGAUAGUUAAGGCUGUGAAAGUCGUGGAGAAGGACUCCUUGGCCAUUGCGGAGAGCUUCACCUCUCUUUUCUCCUCGCUCCGAUCAGCACUCUCUGAGGCUACGAACAGCUCCGUCGAUCAUAUGCACUGCUUUGGUGAUGCCACUGGCCGCCUUCAAGAAUCCGUUCUGGAUGCAGCUACGAAGGGUAACCGCUACAUCAAUUCAUCUCUCAGGUUAAAUGAGGAACUCAAGGGCAUUGAAACAUUGGCUGCUCAAUUGUAUCCUUUUUGUUCCUCUUUACAUGCCUUCAGGCCAUUUGACUGGGCAGAAGACUAGGCCUUUUUCUCAGUUCAUCCUUCUGCAAUACGAUGGUUGAGCAUAUAAGGUGGCAAUCUUGCUUCUCAGUGAUGAUCUGCUUAGGCAGCAUAAAAACCAUGCAUUACCUAAAUAAAGCUGACUAAAUCCCUCUUUAGUUGUCCGAGUGGCCUUGGCUUUUCCUUAAGACCAUGUGAAGGAAAUUUCUGAGAAGAAAUGUGGAUGCUCUGGACUCGGCGGUGAACAAGCUCAUACGGCUUCCAUGAUUGUAAUCUGUCAGCUAACUGGCAGCAACUAGAGAGCAGUGUUAUCUGGGUUUGAAGGAGUCCAGUCCAGUCCAGUUGUGAAGGCUUCAAUGAGUAAAACUUUAACGUGAUUAAAUUCAUAGAUGGUUGCAGUUAUAUUAUUGGGAAAUAACUGCUACUCUGCCGUUGGAAUUGUUUUCUGCAACCUGCUUUUGACUUUGAGCAAUAGAACAGCAAAUAGCAACUACUAUCUUUGCAACUUCUCUUAUAUUCAAGAUGCCUCUGUGUAAGGUAUGAUUCUUGUUGAAUAGUUUAGGUCCACUGGGCUUCUCAUAUGUUCGGCCCCUCUAGACUUCUUACAGCAAGAACUGAGCUUCUGAAAUUUGGAGUUGGCUUGUGUUAGAAGUACAUCUAGGAAGUGCUAGGUGGUCCGGUCCAUCCACGACGAUGAUUGAAGCGGAUUAGAAGUCCAUCCAGGAGAACCAAGAAUUAAGGUUCAUUUUGUUGUUAUAUUUUCUAAUAUAACCUGAAAUGUCCAAUUCAAACUUUGGUAAUACGAACUACGAAACGAUUGGUUGUGUUCUGUUAUCACUAUGAGAAGCCAGGUUAUCAUUUAUCUGUUAUCUUAUCUGAAAGCAAAGCACUUGAUUAUGUAGUCAUGUUAUUCAGUUCUUUGAAUUUUUUCACAUUAUUGGACUGUUUGGGUUGGCUAGGUGGACCUAAAUGAACAACCCAGACUUCCUUGCUUUCGCUUUUACAAGUUCAAACUGUGCCAGGAUAUGCCAGUUCUGGAAGGAACUUAUUGGGAAGAGAAGAGAUAAGGGUGUAUUUAUAGAAAAUAUACAGCACAUGGCAGAUUGGUCUAGGGCUUGCAUGCUGAUUCAUGGCCCGCUGGGUUCAAUCCUGACUCAAAUGCAUUGCUUCACCAUUCAUCUGAUGUAGGUUGUAUGUAUUAUUAUUACUUCUACUGUCCUAGUUAAAAAAAAAAAAAAAAACUCUGCUGUCUGUCAGUACUAUAUGGUCAUGGUCCCUUCCCUAUUGAAUUCGCACCUACAUUUUACAACCUUUCCCUUGGCUAAUUGGUGCAGAGAAGGAAGCUGGUCCCAUGAUUAACCAGAAUAUCUGGUACAAUCCUGAAAUUUUACAGCCUCUGAAUUUCUUAUGGCUCGAGUUUUGCAGGCUCUCAUUACAAGUCAUGUCCUUUGGCUAUGACGAAGAACUUUGGAAGGUUUGGUAGGAAAUGUGGAACUUAAGCAUCUUUAGUCUGUCUGUCUGAUUUCUUUCUUCCUUUCUUCGUUCAAUAUAUAAUAUCUCUGUCUGCAGAUAUUGAGCCAGGGGGAAAUUUUCAAACAAGUAGGGGUGUUUUAGUAGUGGUAUAUGGGUGGAGGCUAGAUCCAAUUCCAGGGAUUUGAUUGAAUGGAGGGAGGAAAUGGGUUAUUGUUGUCGUUGUCAUGUGUUGGUUUGUUGAUCACGAACAAGUAGAUCGCGACAGGAAGGUGACUGUCUUGAUUUGAGCAAGUAGAGAAUGAAAGAUUGGAUGUUGAUGGUGGAAGAUGAACCAAAGUGGACACAAGGUUUUAGAGGGAAAGGUAAUCAUCAAACUUUUUGGGUGGUCCAUAAUAAGUGAUAUAUUUGCCAGGGAGGUGCGUGGAGUUUCUCUUUUCUUGUUUUCUAUGAGUUUAAAUAACAUUUGUCUGCUCUUGCUCACUCACUCACUCAAUCAAUCUUAAGCAAGCUUGUCAAACCUGUAUUAGCUCCUUCUAGCUCGGUAGGGGUGCAGCGGUUUGAUCCGUACCGGAAUGUAAUAAUAUACCAGAUUGACAUUUGGAUCAAGGCCAUACCGGAUGGAAUUGUCCCAUAAAUUUUAUGAAUACAGAAAAUUAUGGAUC